GAGCGUCUAGAGUCUUUGACCAAAAUUGACAAAACCCAACAAAUCUUUGCGUAAAGAAUUGUUGUUCGUGAAAAUGAUUUGGAACGCGAUGUCAAAUGAAUUGGCUAAUUAACCUGAAAUCAAGGCAAAACAGGUUUGAAUGAAUCCAGGAAGAUAGAGGAUGGCCAGUUUGUUGAAGCCAACGCAUAUACAUCGGCAUCCCCAUUCUCAUCCCAUACUUCAUCAAUCACACAGAUAUCAGACUUUCAAGCUCCCCAUAGCUCUAAUUGGACGUCAAUCACGCCAUCAAUUCAUUCGAAAUAGCCGAAUCAAGUGCAAUUAUCAAGACUCUGGCAAUGAACAGCCACCUCCUUCUACUUCCACCGCUUUGCAACUCUACUCCGAUAUCGAGAGACUGCUAACUGAGACAGUUAGGCAAUCACAAGAGGCCUGGGGUGGUUUAAAAGACUGGACAGAAGUUGAGGGAGCAUGGGUUCUCAAACCACGAAACUCAACCCCAAAAUAUGUUGUACAUUUUGUUGGGGGUAUAUUUGUUGGAGCUGCACCUCAGCUUGCAUAUCGCUUGUUUUUGGAGCGGCUUUCCGAGAAGGGUAUUUUCAUCAUUGCAACACCCUAUGCCAGUGGAUUUGACUAUUUCUUAAUUGCGGACGAAGUGCAGUUUAAAUUUGAUAGGUGUCAUCGGGCAUUUCUUGACUCAGUACGAGAUCUUCCUAUUUUUGGUAUUGGGCAUUCUCUGGGAUCUGUCAUCCACCUUUUGAUUGGAUCAAGAUAUGCUGUGGAAAGAAGUGGAAAUGUACUAAUGGCAUUCAAUAACAAGGAGGCAAGCUCAGCUGUUCCUUUGUUCUCCCCAGUGCUUGUUCCAAUGGCUCAAAGCAUGGGGCCUCUCUUAUCACAAAUUGCGUCAUCACCAACUUUUCGUCUAGGGGCAGAGAUGACAAUGAAACAAUUAGAAAAUCUUAGCCCUCCGAUAUUGAAGCAAGUUCUUCCUUUAGUUGAGCAGCUGCCUCCUUUGUACAUGGAUCUGGUGAGAGGAAGAGAAGAUUUUAUUCCAAAGCCGGAGGAAACUCGACGACUUAUAAAGUCAUACUAUGGCAUUUCCCGGAAUCUUCUUGUAAAGUUCAAGGAUGAUACAAUCGAUGAAACUCCAAUACUAGCUCAGUUACUUAGCUCGGAGUCUGCAAUUAGUUCAAUGCUGGACAUGUCAACUCGGUCGUUGCCUGGCAAUCACGGAUUACCCUUGCAGCAGGGCCUUCCCGACAUACCACCAGCAAUGGCGGAUGCAGUGAAUAGAGGUAGCGAGCUCUUUAGCAAUCUAACUGCCGGAACACCUUGGGAGACUGUUGCGAAGGAAGUGGGAAACACAUUAGGUGUAGACUCGAAAGUCCUCCGGGCUGAAGUAUCUAAGGAUCUAGACCUGCUUGUCGAAGUGGUAACAUCUUGGAUGGCCUCAAACAUGGGUCCGAAACUUUUGAGGCCAUAAAUGUUGUCGGUGCCAUACGUAUUUUCGGUGGAUGUGUAUAGUAUACAGAUACUGCGAAGAUUCUGAAUUGCUCCAGUUAUGGUUCUUAUCUGAAUGCAAUAUUGUCCUUGACGGGCCAUGCACGCGCAACAGCAUCAGCCAGUCGUAAAUUGUGGCAUCUUUGGAGUUUGGACUGAUUUUGCUUCUUUGCAUAAUGUUCUGUUUCAAGUACACUUGCAAUUGCUGUAACAUAAAUAUUUCCAACGCUUUCCUGGAUCUCUAUUUAUUGAAUUAUUCACAGGAAGGCUGGUAUAGUGAUAAACAACUUUUCAGAGCUAUAUAUAUAAAUCUACUGAUUUGCCCUUGUGUAAUUA